CAAAAUCAACAAUACUUUGACAUUAAGUAUUACCUCAACAACCAGAUGUGCUCUAUAAACCUACUCCCACUUCUGCUGGGCCACUGCCUCCCUCGCAGGUGAUCCACUCCCUUCCCCAGGUGAUGCCACACAUUUUCCAGACAUCCCACUUGAUACGCAUGAACAGAACUGACAGCUCCUGUUCUCCCUGAGCUCCCACUUUAGAGCUCCUCUUGCGCAGGAACACCUGAAUCCCUCCUGCACUCCUUCCCUGCCGGCAUGCCAGGAGCGGGGCAGCUGAAGGCAGAAUUCCAGCCCUAGGCCUGGCCCCGGGGGACGGCAGCUGCCCCUCCCAGCCCCGGGCAGCCGGCGGCAGCCCCCCGGUAGAUGGCACGCACGGGCCCGGCGCGGCGGCGAGAAAUCUGAUCCUGCAGACACUCCCUUGGAAUAGGCAGGGGACGAGCGGGGAACCAGGAAAUACAAGCCGUGCCCGUGCAGAGAACGCUCCGGCUUCAUGGAGGAAGGAGCGACAUGGGCAACCGCUGCAGCUGCGGGCGCCCGUGGAACUGUCCUUCGCUUUUUAAAAGGAAGAAGGAAAAGCAAGGAACCAGUGUGAGACAUGAGAGCCAACAGCACCAGCCUGGCAGGAAGCCUCCAGCGCAUGAAAAUGUCACGGAGUUUCCAGUCUAUGCUACUGUGAAUAAACCUAAGAACACAAAGCAGGACGACAGCAUUCAUUAUGCAGACAUCCAGGUGUUCACCAAGGUGCGGGAGCGCUCUGUGGAAGAGGUGAAGAACUUGCAAAUGCAGAAUGCCACAGAGUAUGCCACCCUCAACUUCCCCCGGCCCAGACUGAAAUACGACAGCAAGAAUGGGACCUUGGUUUAAAAAGCUUGGUAGCCCCUGCCUCCUUCAGCAGCUAAUGGAUUCCACAGGCGUAAAGAUGCUGCAGGCUCAGGCUAACUUCAUGAACACAUCGAGCCUGCCUGCAGAGCAGAGCGGCUGCGUCUUCCACCUGCACGAGAACACACACAUUUACUCUCACAUGAGGAGUAGUCGCCUCUGGUUCUGCUGGUCAAAAACCAACCUGUUCCCCUUGGCUCUGCACAGCUCUGUGUGGGAAUGCAGCAUACAAGAUUCUGUUCUGGGGCAAGGGAGAUGUUGCCAUGGGAUUUUAUGCUCAUAUUAAGAACAGAAUGUGGUUGAUAGCAGGAGGAAAUUGCAUGGAAGUUCUAGCUGUAACUGCUGUAAGGUCUUCCUCUGGUACCAGCCGCUGCACACUGCAGUCAUGCACAUCGUGCAUCUCCUUUUCUCAGAAAGCAGUGUCUUCCCACCAUGCACGGCACACUGAGGCCAAGGUCGGAAAUGCAGAAUUAACCAAGGGGUACAGAACAGUUCCUUCCAUUGAAGGGUGGUACCAAUUAACUAAGAAUGUUAACUGGUCAAUGCUUAAUUGGUUAAUUGGUUAGUGAGCUCUUUUCUCUGAAAAUGAAAGAAGGAAAACCUGCAGCUUAUCUGAAAGGCAGCCAUUUAAAGCCACUGCCUAUAUUCAGGGUAGUUACCCAGUCCUUGGGCUGCAGUAGCUGUUUGCAUGCCUGAGACGCUGUGAAUGAAUCCUGGACAAUUUUAAAGAGGGCUUUGCACUUUUUCUCCAUUCAUUUUUUAUUUUGUGUUAUCAGCCUUAGUUAUAAAACCUUGCAACAUAGAGUACAUGCCAUGUGGUGUCUUCUGCUAAAGCUCCUGAAGACACUUUGGAGAAUAUGCUUAUGGGUUUAAAAUAGUGUUAGCAAUGCAGGACAGCAACUGUCCACAAUCUUCUACCACAGGGCUGUGUCUGACAGUUGUGGUGUUGGGAGCUGAGAGGGCUCCCAAGCAGUGUCCUCAGGCCCUGAGUCAGUAGUUGGCACAGUCUGUUCCUAGGUAAUAGUCUGCACGGCCAAACACAGGUCCUGGAGCAACCUGUUUAUUGCCAGUGUUGAAAAAUGGACAUCUGGUACCUUUUAUAAAUGUGCAAUGUUUUGCAUAUUAUGGCUCAUUUAAAUGUAAAAGAAAAACCAUGAGGGAGCUCCUCCUUGUAACAAUAAAGCUGAUGUGGGUACUGUGUGCUAAGGCAGAAGUGCUGUGAGGACCAGUCCUACAACCUUUCUAUCUGAGCAGGUCUUCUUACUCGCGCUGUCCAGCAGACAACAUCAGGGCUAUUAUAAGGCCAGACUUUUUUAAAUAAUGAAUGGGAACAGUCUCUUUUUCUACCUGAACAGGAUAUUCUCUUUUUGCCCACGCUACUGAGCUGAGCCCAGCUGGCUACUGGAACGCCUGCAGAAUAAGACACAGAGCCAUUUAGGUUGCCAAAGAUCCCCGUAUCUGAGCGCAGCCCAUCCGCCGUGCCCACUGGGCGCCCCUCGGAGGGCAGCCUGCUGAGGUGCGCCGUGGCCUGGAGGUGGCCCAGCACCCUGAACGGCGGUAGUGAUUCGGCUCGAUUGCCAGGCCCCGAACUGAUCAGAAGCCGAAGUCUGUUCUGAAGUUUUUUCCUAAAAGCCUUGUUUUUGCACUGAUUAACAGGCUCCAGCAGCCUGUCUCCUACGUUUCCCAAGAGUGUUGAUAUAUCGAACACUCCUUGGACAUUAAAGAUAAGAUUUUUGAAUCGA